AUGUUGAGAAAGUUCGAACAGAGCAGACUCUUCGAAGGGAGGUUGGUGGAGUUGUUACUUGCUGUUGCCACAGUACUACUGGUCAGUGAUUCAGAGGGGCUGAAUUCUGAAGGCCAAUACCUGAUGGAAAUCAAGAAUGGGCUCCAAGAUGAAUUCAAUUUUCUUGGAAACUGGAAGUCCACUGAUCAGACACCAUGCGGAUGGAUAGGAGUCAAUUGCACUUCGGAUCACGACCCAUUUGUCUGGUCUCUUGAUUUGAAUUCAAUGAAUCUCUCCGGAAUAUUGAGUCCUAGUAUUGGUGGUCUGAUCCACUUGACUUAUCUUGAUCUAUCUUACAAUGAGUUCAAGGGAGACAUACCCAAGGAGAUUGGAAAUUGUUCGCUUCUGACCAUCCUUUAUUUGAGAGCAAAUCAGUUCAGCGGUCCAAUUCCAGAGGAGCUUGGAAAUUUGUCUUCACUUGAAGAGUUUGUGGCAUACACCAACGAUUUGACUGGCACAUUGCCUCGUUCUAUUGGCAAUCUCCAAAAGUUGAGGAUAUUUCGAGUCGGGGAGAACGCAAUGUCUGGCAACAUUCCUGCAGAGAUAUGUAGAUGUCAGAGCUUGCAAUUUCUUGGUCUCGCCCACAACCGCAUUGGAGGGGAAAUUCCAGAAGAGAUUGGAAUGCUUGGAAACUUGACAGCUUUAUGGAUAUGGGAGAAUCAGUUAUCAGGGUUUAUUCCAAAAGAGCUUGGAAAUUGUUCAAACCUUGAGAGCCUUGACUUGGGUGGAAAUGCUCUUACGGGGCCGAUACCCGUGGAAAUAGGAGACCUCAAGUUUCUUAGGACGUUGUACCUCUGCGCGAAUGAAUUGAAUGGAAGCAUUCCAAGGGAGAUAGGGAAUCUAUCUCUUGCAACAGAAAUUGAUUUCUCAGAGAAUUAUUUGACAGGUGAGAUCCCAACUGAGUUCAGCAAGUUUCUUAGGGUGUUGUACCUCUACACGAAUGAAUUGAAUGGAAGCAUUCCAAGGGAGAUAGGGAAUCUAUCUCUUGCAACAGAAAUUGAUUUCUCAGAGAAUUAUUUGACUGGUGAGAUCCCAACUGAGUUCAGCAAGAUUAAGGGUCUAUACUUAUUGAACCUAUUCCACAACCAGCUUACAGGAGUCAUACCAAACGAGCUUAGUAGCUUGAGGAACUUGACAAUGCUUGACCUUGCAACCAAUUAUCUCACAGGUCCCAUUCCUUAUGGUUUCCAAUAUUUGACUGAAAUGCAUCAGUUGCUGCCUUUUGACAAUUCUCUGAGCGGUACCAUUCCUCAGCAGCUUGGAGUAUACAGCCCAUUUAUGGAGGUUGAUUUUACAAACAACCAUCUGACAGGAAAAAUACCUCCUUUCCUUUGUCGGCAUGCUAACCUUGUUUUUUUAAGCCUUGGGGCUAAUAAGCUGCACGGAAAUAUCCCAAAUGGGAUCAAGAACUGCGAGAGAUUAAAAAGAUUUAAUCUAAAUGGGAACAGGCUCUCAGGUACUUUACCUUCAGAAGUAGGCAAUCUGGUGAAUCUUUACUCUAUCAGAUUGGACGACAACAAUUUCACUGGGUCAAUUCCUCCAGAGAUUGGAAAUUGCAGAGAGCUUCAAAGGCUUCAAAUUGCUGGCAAUCACUUCACUUCUAAGUUGCCAAAGGAAAUUGGUAAACUAUCUCAACUCAUGCUUUUAAAUGUCUCGUCUAAUUUGCUGACAGGACAGAUUCCAUCAGAGAUUGUUAACUGCAAGAUGCUUGAACGACUUGAUCUCAGCCACAACAGUUUUGUAGAUUCCUUGCCAAAUGAGCUUGGAACCCUUUCCCAGCUUGAGCUUUUAACACUAUCAGACAAUAAAUUCUCUGGAAAUAUACCUGCAUCUUUAGGAAGCCUUUCUCGUUUGAUUGAGCUGCAGAUGGGUGGCAAUGUAUUUUCUGGCGAGAUACCUCCAGAGUUGGGUUUUCUUUCGAGCUUGCAGAUUGCAAUGAACCUCAGUUUUAACAAUCUCACUGGCAGUAUACCAUCGGAGCUUGGGAAACUUGCUUUGCUUGAAGUCCUCAUACUGAAUAACAACCAUUUGAGUGGUAAGAUCCCGACGACAUUUGAAGGCCUGUUAAGCUUGGUGGAAUUAAACUUCUCAUACAAUAACUUAACCGGACCUUUACCUGCCAUACCUCUGUUUAAGAAAAUGAAUUCCUGCAGCUUUAUUGGAAAUCCAUCCUAUAAGGGUAAUCCUUUUCUUUAUGAAAUGCCGUUGCCAAAAACUUGCUCAGUUGUUCGAGGACCAUUAGUGUUGAAACCAGAAACUUCAAUUGACAUGAAGAGCUUCAGAGCGAGUUUCGUUGUGACUUACAUAAUCAUUCUGCUGAGUUUUGCUCUAGUUUUAUACAUAAAUCCUUAUUGGAGACACACUUGGUUUUAUUACAUAGAAAAAAGCAUAAUAAACCCUUGCUACUACUUUUUGGUAGACAAUCUCUCCUAG